AUGAGUGGUAUCAGCUGUCUAGGGCCUCGGCAUAAUCCUGAGUCAAACUCUGGUCUUACCCCAUCGUCAGUUGCUGCUUUUCAGACGAAUGAUCCUGAUAAUCAGAAUCCCGUUUUAACUGAUAGUGAAAUUGAUGCAGACUACUUUGUAAAGGUUUAUACUGACCUAUUCGGGUUGGAGAGAAUUCCAUAUCCCAAUGCUCAAUCUACUAAGCAGAGGAUUAUAAACAUAGAAGCAAUAGAAAAGGAUAUUGAGAGUCGCUUCGACGUUACCCUCAGCCAUAUACCUCCUGACCACAUUAUCAAUCGGGUUCCUACGGCAGUCAAAGAUCUAAAUGAGAUAAUGGGAAAUAUCGAUGUUGCUAGGAGAACAAACAAGUGUUUUGCUGAAGAAGUAUCUGCGAGUGGUCUGCAAAAUGCUAACUCUCCUGAAAUACCCCGUAGGACAGUGGGCUUUAAUUUGCCGAAGUUUCCUGAAAAGUCAGUGGUCGGCAAUUCUCUGUGUCGGCGCCUUUUGCGGGAAAGUUUUGCCUUGAUUUCACCCCCAACUACACCUUGCGAAAAACCCGCCGUGGAAAUUGUCAGGAAUCCCUCUCCAAAGAGCGCAACGGAUUCAGGAGUUACUGCAGUUGCAACGAGGUCUGUCGUUUCCGAAUUAGGUAGCCUUGGACCGUCUAUUGACACCAUUUCUUUCCUCUCUGAAAAAAUUCGUGAGGCCAAAACGCAAGCUGUUGUCUUGUGCGGUCUGUGCAAGAAGGGCUUCCGUCGACAUUGGAGACCAGAUUUGUAUGAGUUGCGGAACUGUCUCAUUAAAUUGGGUGAAGGUAUUGAGGCUACCGUCGCCGCGAUUGAUACGCUGUCGCCAAAUCCUUUGGAUCUGCCUGAUCCCGAUGAAACUACGGCUACCAGCAUACCAACGGAUUCAGAUGAAGUGGCAGAGCUGUAUAAACUCAAUACUGAGUGCGAACGAACAUUGGCAGAAAAGAGCAAAGACUUGUUUCAGAAUAAUAUCGACAAAUUAUUGCCAACUCUGGAAUAUCUACCAGACUUGGAGAAGAAUUUCAUCCCUCUGGUUGACUCGGCUACUGUUCCUGCCCAAGAUCGUGAGUCCGUGAUCAGGCAUGUUGACGUUGGUGAUUUGCCAUUUGCGGCAGGAGGUUGGGCAUCUUUAGACCUCCUAUUGCCACGGCGUUCGAACAUUAGGAGCCGGAAAGUUCCGGUAAGCCAACACAAAUACGCGACAAGCGUCACUCCUCUGCCUAGCGUCAUCCUUAUUUCAAGCGUCGUCCUCGUUAGUUCUCGCGGUGACUUCUAUCUCGACUGCUAG